CCACCUCAAUAUGAGUGAUACAUUUGUUACUUCAGAGUUCAGCUCAAGGUUCAGAAUCACACACUUCACUAGACAACUUAUUAAUAGAAUAAUCACUCAUUACAAGAAGGCUUCUGACUUACAAGAUAAGACUGAGAUCAGUUUUCAUCAGA